AUGGCCAAGGACAAGAGCAAGAAGGCUGCUGCCGCCUCUGCCGCCUCCGAUGCGGCAUUGAAGCUGACUGCUGACAAAAAAGCCCUCGACCCAACCUUGGCCUCGCUCUUCGCAACCAGCGUCGGUCCCGCGAAGCCACGCCCCAGGGAGGCCUAUCUUCAGGCUCCGCCGAAAACUGCACCCGAAGCCGAAGCCAGCGACGAAGACGCGGUGGAAGAAGAUGACGAGGAUCUCUCCAGCAUUGAUGAGGAGCUUCCCGAGCAUGAUGAUGAGGAUGAAGACGGCGACACGGUCAUGCGCUCUGCGGACGACGCCACUUCUGACGAUGAUGCUGAAAUCCCCGUCCACGAGAGCUUGGGCGAGAAGUCACAGCGCAAGCGCAAGCGCAAGGGCGACGAGGACGAGCUUGAGGAGGCAUACAUGCGCAAGCUUGAAAAGGAGGAGGCCAGGGAAGAGGCCAAGAGAAAGGCUGAGAGGGGCACCAAACGCCAGAAGAAGGAGGACGGCGAGGCUGCUGAAGUCUCAGACGAGUCCGAAGAGGCCGGUUCGGACUCGGAUGCCGAAUCCGACUUCGAGAUACCCCAGCACGAGACUCAGAUCGCGCAGCCCGAAGGAGACGCCGAGCUGGAGAAGGCCUCGCGCACUGUGUUCCUCGGAAAUGUUUCCACCAAAGCCAUCUCUGACAAGUCAGCGAAGAAGGCAUUGAUACAGCACAUGUCCUCUUUCCUGUCUGCACUUCCUGAGCAUACCCCUGCACACAAGUUCGAGUCGAUACGCUUCCGCUCCACCCCGUUCUCGACGUUCAUUCCUAAGAAGGCUGCGUACGCCACCAAGGAGGUCAUGGAGGAGACGGCACACAGUACAAAUGCCUAUGUCGUUUACUCCACCCAGCAGGCUGCGCGGGAAGCCGCAAGGCGCUUGAAUGGCACCGUCGUGUUAGAUCGUCACUUGCGCGUCGAUGAGGUCGCUCACCCGGCCAAGUCCGACCAUCGCCGCUGUGUCUUUGUCGGGAACCUCAGUUUCGUCGACGACGAGAGCAUGAUCCAGGAGGCUGAGGCGAAGAAGCUGGGGAAGGAGAUCAGAAAGAAGAAAGAACCAGGUGACGUGGAAGAGGGUCUGUGGAGAACUUUCGCCAAAGCUGGCACCGUCGAGAGCGUCAGGGUCAUUCGUGACCCGAAGACUAGAGUCGGAAAGGGGUUUGCAUACGUGCAAUUUACCGACGAGAACGCUGUGGAAGCAGCUCUGCUGUACAACGAUAAAAGGUUCCCGCCUAUGCUCCCACGCAAGCUCCGGGUUGUGCGUGCGAAAGGCAUCAAGCGCAACAAGACUAACUCCGCAUCAUCGACUCGUCCUGUCUCUAACAAGGGCGUGUACAAUCCUAAAAUCUCUGCUGAGGAGAGAUCCAUGCAGGGCCGUGCCGCCAAACUCCUUGGCAAGGCAGGUGCUGCCAAGGUUAGAUUGGGUGGCAAAUUUGGGGGAAAUAAGGGCCCCAAGAAGGAGGACAGGCCUGCCAAUGGGUUCAAAACCCCCGAGCAAUUCGUAUUUGAGGGCCAUCGUGCAAGUGAGAAGCAGGGCAAGAGUGGUCUCAAGCUUGGUGGGAAGAAGAGCAAGAAGGGUGGGAAGCCAACGUCGAGAAGUAGCAGGAGAGGUGCGGCUUGGAAGGCUUCCGGAGGAAAGAAGGCCUGA